AUGCCAAGGCUACCUUCUUUUCAGCAGUUGAAUGAAACACUCAACGAUCCUGAUAUUUCAAAUGGGCCAACAGCGAAGAACAUUUUGCUGUAUUCUUCGGCAUUUAAGAAUCUAGCUCUAUAUCAAGAAAGUAAGUCUAUGAAUGCAAAUGCAAAUGCAAAUGUGAAUGCAAAUGCAAACGGGAACAAGGUGAUAAAUAAGGGAUGCGUAACGAAUCCAUAUAGUUUAGGUCCAGGAUAUUCGUAUGGUAACACAAUAUAUGGACGUCAUGAAAGCUAUCCGAGCCAUUAUUAUAGUCUCGGCCCAGAUGUGUAUAGGCAGAAACAAGACUCGACGUCACCGACAUCACUAGAUGGCAUGAAUAUGUCCAAGUCUAAUUCUAAUGAUAUACCGCAUGAAAGCUUUGAGGAUUAUACGUUUAUCUCGGACCUUGUUCAGUUUCUAACAAGUUUUGAGCUCAAGUGUCGGGAAAAUAACGUUUUAAAGUAUCAUAAUUUUGAUAAUUUUGGCAACGGCAUUAGUAAUGCGUUGAACAGUAUGAAUAAUGUGGAUAUUGAGGGAGUUUUGAAUAAGUUUAAAAAAAUCACUAGAUUACUAGAAGGUGUUCAAUUUUCCAAAAACAGUAAACAGUGCGGACAAGAGAUUGAUAAUGUAGCAGGUAAUAUGGCAUUGAAGAGAGGGCUAAGCCAGCCACUGCUUCUUGGUUUAGACCGAAAAAAGAAACAAAAGAGGGCUGCACAUCAGUCUAUAUCAUUUCCCACUGGUUCCAGAAUAUCACCAUUUGAAGUCAGUAUGCCAACUAAUGAUUCAAACACAUUUGGUCAUGACCGUCAAGGACAUAAUAGUGUGUGUAUGGGAGUAGUGGGCGGUGGUGGUACUGGCGCUGGUGUUGGUGUUGGUGUUGGUGGAUUAAAUUCCGAUUUGACACUAAAGGCAGAUAUCGUAUGUCAGCAUUGCUGUUCACAUGAGACUCCGGAGUGGCGUCGUGGUCCAGAAGGAAGUAGAACGUUGUGUAAUGCAUGUGGUUUAUUCUAUUCUAAAUUGAUCAAAAAGUAUGGAUUACAUGAAGCUGAUAGAGUUAUGCUAGAACGAAAACAAACUGGUACAGUGAAUGAUAGAAGAAUCUUUUGA